GUGUCCUGCCGCACGAGGACCUUCCUUAGCAACCGUGGAUAAACAUGAGUUACUACAGCAUAAGGUGGGACUCUGAGCAUCGCCGUGAUUGGAGAAAGAGAGAGAGAGAGAGAGAGAGCCCUGGAUUUGCAUUCCUGCAGCCGCAUCCAUGGACGCUUUAAAGAAUGGGAGAGGUCAGCCCGUCUACAGCCGCUGGUCAUACAGACCCUCGAGCUCGACCAGCUUCUCCAACCCCACGGCGAGCUUCUUCUUCUACUUGUUUCCUCUGCAGUGGCAUCGAAGAUGACAGCGGCAGUCUUAUGCAACAGAAGCUGGAGAGACAGAGGGCACUGCUGGAGCAGAAGCAGCGGAGGAAGCGCCAGGAACCUCUGAUGGUGCAGCCCAACACCGAGGCCCGGCCCCGGCGCUGCAGGGCGCGGCGGGGGGAGGAGCAGGCCCCUCUGGUGGAGCCUCACGUCGGCGUCGCCAACGACGUCGCCGUGGACGGUAUCGAUGGCCCAGCAGCUUUCUUGGGCUCAGAAGCCCCUGAUCUGGGAGUAAAAAUCCUGUCAGUGAGCCAGCCCCAGUCCCAGUCCCAGCCUCAGCCUCAGUCCCCUGUUGCCGAGGAGCCUGAGAGAGAUGGAGACACUGAGACGCUGAUAGAACCCAAGACGGAUAUCCAUGAGUUACUGCAGAAACAAGGUCUGUCCGGCAGCAUGAACUUCGACGAAGACAGCGAGCGCGAGGACGACGCCGAGGAAGAGCGCUCACGCUCUCUGUCCCCCAAAGCCGGCAACACCAGACCGGCCUCUGCCGCCAGCGGCAAGGACAUUCCAGAGCUGGUGACCCCCGGGUCGCCCACCGCCGAGAGCUCGCUGAUGGACGGGGUCGACCCGGAGGAGUUCGUCUUGCGUCCGGCUCCGCGCGGCGUCACCGUCAAAUGCCGAAUCACCCGGGACAAGAAGGGCAUGGACCGCGGCCUCUACCCCACCUACUUCAUGCACAUGGAGAGAGAGGACGGCAAGAGGGUCUUUUUGCUGGCAGGAAGAAAAAGAAAGAAGAGCAAGACUUCCAACUACCUUAUUUCGGUGGAUGCCACGGAUCUGUCGCGGGAAGGAGAGAGCUUCAUCGGAAAACUGAGGUCCAACCUCAUGGGCACCAAGUUCACGGUGUACGACAGCGGCACCAAUCCCUACAAAACCCCCGGGACGCUGCUGGAGGAGAGCAACACGCGGCAGGAGCUGGCCGCCGUCUGCUAUGAGACCAACGUGCUGGGCUUCAAAGGGCCGCGCAAGAUGACCGUGAUCAUCCCCGGCAUGAGCAUGAACUUCGAAAGGGUCCCCGUGAGGCCUCAGAGCGAGCAGGAGAGCCUCCUGAGCAGGUGGCAGAGCCACUCGCUGGACAACCUGAUCGAGCUGCACAACAAGGCGCCCGUGUGGAACGACGACACCCAGUCCUACGUGCUGAACUUCCACGGCCGCGUCACUCAGGCGUCGGUCAAGAACUUCCAAAUAGUCCACGACAACGACCUGGACUACAUCGUCAUGCAGUUUGGCAGAGUGGCCGAAGACAUCUUCACGCUGGACUACAACUACCCCAUGUGCGCUCUCCAGGCCUUCGCCAUCGGCCUGUCGAGCUUCGACAGCAAGUUGGCCUGCGAAUGAAACGCCGUUUCCACGCCGCCGCCUUUUCCCGUCCUCCCUCGAAUCUCCUCUCCCGGGACUAUUUGGAGAGCCCACGGCGACACUGCUUCCACCAUCAGGGGACGAAAUAGUCAGAGAGACAAAUAUGAGACUGAAGAAAAAAGAGCGGGAAGACGCCGACGAGAGAUGUCGGCGCCCUGUUGGCCGAGCCGCCGAAAACGCCUCCUUUUUUUUCCCUUCUUCUUCUUCUACAAUCCAUUUCAAGCGGGGGGUUAUUUCAGUCUCAAUUUAACCAUGCUGUGCAGUUUACGUGAACGCGUGUAAACACGCACUUAAGAAAGGGAAACGGCAAAGCAGAGCACGGCACUCUUGUCAGACAUCUGGUGCGCGAGAAAAUAACCGACACUAGACAAUUGAUGUCUGAUGUGUAUUAACGGCGCGUCUUCUGUCCCCGAGUGAGACGUUACUCAGAAAACAUUUGGACUUCCGUUUCCACGACGGCGGCGUGUUCUUUCCUCUGGCGCCACCGUCGGGCCAAGCCGAACAGAGUCGGUUUCCUCCCGGUCAGAACUUACAUCGUUUUUCUAUUGUUCAUGUGUGGCAAGUGCAUUAUCCAGAACAGGCCUGUGUUAUGUGGUUUUUUGUGGGUUUUUUAUUUGUGAAGAAGUGGAAUUUUUUUAAUUUUUUUAAAUUGGUGACAAGUUGCAAAAAAACAAAAAAAAUGCAGAAUUGCACAUUUUAAAGAGAACGGAUAUAUACAUAGUGUAAAUAAAACACAAGGUCAUGCCUUA